UAUUUCUUCUUCCAUGUGUAUUUUUGGUUUCUUUCCGCUUUCGAUUAUGAUUCUGUAGAUCUAGAAUUUUUUGUUUUUUCUUAUGAACCUGCAAUCUGAUGAUAAAUUCUUAGCUUCCGGAUAUUCAGUAUCACAGUUUCAUGUGGGUCCGAUGAUGAAGACUACUGCUCUGCUCGAAAAGAACCCCCUUCCUCCCGGUGCGAAAGCGAAGAGCAAAGCCCGCCAGCACGCGAAAUCGAAGAGAAAGGAGAAAUUGAAAAAGGAGGAGAAAUCGAACACGUCCUCGUCCGAGGAAACUGGUGAUACUAGUUUUUAUGAUUCAGAAUCGAAAUUCUUUAUGUCCGAGAAUUAUUUGGCUGCUAUGAACAAAGAGCGCCUUCUGGGGCUUGGGCCUGAUCAAGAGAUGUAUCCUCUUCCGGUGACUGUACAAGAAUGUAUUGCCUUUUUUGAUAUAGAUGCUGAGGAAUAUGAGUUUAUGGCAGAUAGAGUGCGUAAGGAUUGCUCCCUUAUUUCUUACAUAGAAGAUCGCCAAAGUCGCAACACCAACUCCAACUUAACAGCUUCAACCCCGGUUGGCAAGUCUACUGACAGUGGUGCUUUGCUUGAGUGACAAUCUAUAAAACUAACUAUGAAGGACUUCCAGACUUAUCAGUACCUUCUUAUUGUCUAUCAAUCCUUAUUGUAUAUAUAUGUCCGCUAUGUUGGGAUUAAAUACUUAUAGAAACAAUUCAGGCUCUUGAAAUAUUUGUCAUCUUGACCCUUUAUUAUUUUAUAUGUUUCUGGGGUUCAGUA